UUUAUUUUCCCUUAAAAUAAAAUAAUUUGUCAGAUGAAUUUUUACGGAAAAAAAAAAAAGAAAGAUCUGGUGGUGGCCAAGGAGGCUUAGGCUAUAGCACGACGACUCAACUCGUCCCAGCUAAUUUAUAACAUUUCUCCGGAGCUCCGAGUCUUCUUCUCUCCGGAUCCAAACAAUGAAUCUCGUUUCUCUCUUCUCCAUCGCUCUGAUCGCUUUCCUCUGCCUCCAUCAUCGUGUUCUCGCUUCUUCUUCCGACUUCGAAGGUUUCGAUGCUGAAGACGACGAUGUUUUAGACGAUUCCACUGAGCUUCACCACUCUCUCCGUCCUCCUCUUCUGACUCAGUCUGAGUCAACGGUUCUGGAUCUGGACCCACCUUCCGAUUCUGAUUCCACUACUCCGGCAUCUAAAUCGGAUCCUCCUACUCAGACCGUGAAGCCUUCGUCCAUCUCCUUCGAUUACUGGGAUGAAGAUGAGUUCGAAGGAUUGCCGGAGGAUGAGAAAUCGAUGGAAUCUCCGGUUAUUUCCGAUGACGCCUCUCCUGCCGCCGAUCCACAGACGCCAGAUCUUGAGUCUGCUUCAGAAACUGCAGAUACUGACAUUCCGAAGAAGAAGCAAUCGUACACGGUGGAGAUCGUUUGCGUCUCUAUAUUGAUUGGUUACGCAAUCAAUUACUUCACUGGUAAACGUGAGAAUGAAAACCUUGCUUUGGCCUGGGCUUCCAAAUUUGGUCUUAAAGAUACCAUUUUUGAGAAAAACUUCAGUUUGCUUGGAGUUGGUGAAGGAGAAGACUCUCCUUUGUUGCUCAAAGAAGCGACGAAUGUGUUUAAGUUCUAUGCGAGUGGGCGUAGGUAUUGCCAUGGGCUUUUGGCGACCUUGGAGCUUAAGAGCAGACACGAUCUGAUCUCAAGGCUAUUCAACUCUGUUGUGCCUUGUAAAGAUGAGAUCAGUUUCGAGGUUUACAUGAACGAUGAAGCCAUGGAUCAUAUUGUGUUUGCGAUGGCGAGGAAGAAGGCGGCGAAAACGAUGCACAAGGAGCUGAGGGAUCUGCAGAGAUUCGGAGGGAUGGUGCCCAGUCCUGGAGGGAGGAAGUGGGUAACGGAGGAGUUAGCUGUGGUCUCGGAGUCUAAGGAGGUAGCUGGAGAUAUGAUCACCGAUGUUGUACUUGAUCAGGUUUUUGGUGACAAGUCUUUUGAAAAGUUUGGGAAGUAUUUCAUCUCAAUGCAUUUUUCGGAUCAACAUCCUGGCAAACACAGGAAGAUGCUGCUUUUCAAGUUUGCCCUACCUGAUGCUAAACACAUGGAUGAUAUGGUUCGGUUGAUCGCGCUAAUUCCAUAUUACAUUGACUUAAUUGGGCGCUACAAGCUCAGCUCUCAGGCAAGGAACAAAACUGACGGUGCUAGGCAAAAGGCAGCUCAGGAAGCGUACAAGGAACUUGAGAAUGUGAGACAAGAGGCAUUGCAGAGAAAGAAAGCCGAAAAGAAGAAAAUAUUGGAGGAGGCACAGGCAAAGCUUAGUGCCGAGGCUCUAAGGAAGAAAGAAGCAAAAGAACGUGCACGCCAGAUGAAAAAGUCAAUGCCGAAAGUUAAGAUGAGUCGAGGUCACUAGAAUCAAGCAUAAGGACACAGUCUCAUGUCGUCCAUUGGAAUAGCUACUCCCUUUUUAGUCCGUUCGAUUAGAUAUUUGUCCUACUUUCAUGAAACUCUCUACUUGCAGUUGAUUUUUACUUCAUUACGAUUUCCCCUAUAGUGGCACCGAGGCCGUGCUUCCGGGACCUCUUUGAAUCAUAAGAUGAGUUUUGAAGUUAUAGGCC